CACGACUGUAUAUACGAGAACGAGAGUAGUCGCGAAGCGCAUAUCUAUCGCACUGUUUGACGUAACCUUCAACGGAAAUCGGCAUCUGCGUAUUUUCUCUACAAACCGUCCUCUAGAAGGAACAUUCCAACUUUCGUGACCUUAGAUCCCACCGAGACUAAUCAAUCCUGGAGUCGCGGCCGUCACGAGCGGAAAGAAGAAGCCGUAGAGCGGCUAGGAUGCCUCGUGGUGGUGCAGAUCGGGGUAGAGGCAACAGGCCGUCAACGCCACCUCCGCGCCAAGACGGUCACGCCGGCGAUGGUGAAAGAGCUUCAGGCGGGGGUGGUGAUGCCGCAGACUACAGAAGGAGGCCCCCUAAAAAUUUCAGGAACUACAACAGGUCCGGUGGAGGUCGAGGCUCCCGUUUCUAUGGCAAAAGUCGUAAUUAUAACAACGAAAAUGACAGAAGAAAUUUCAAAAAGCCCAAGUUCGAUGUUGGAGAACGGUUAAAAGAAGUUGAUCUUGGCAUCACAGAAUACGUUGGAGACACUGAAGGAUUCACUGGUACAAUAAAAGAAAGGUACUCCGAUUUUGCGGUACAUGAAAUUAAUAUGAAAGGAGAAGUUGCCAAGCUGACCGAUCAAAGAAUUCCUGAAGAUCCAGAAGAUAGUAUUGACAUCGAGGAUUUGAAAAAAAAAAUUCCGCAAGAUGUAUGGGAAAAAGUUGCAAAAAUCGCCGAGUGUAGUGAUGUUGAAAUUGAUGUUACUGAUAUGGACAGAGAGCAAAGAAAAUGCAUACAUCAGUUGGUUAAAAAGAUGACCAGAGUUUACAGCGAAACCAAAGAUGUAGGUGACAAGAAGCUGAUGGUAUUUACCAAAGAAUAUUCAAAGAACACACGUGAUAAUAGAAAAGAUUGGUCAGCUAGGGGUGGAGAUUACUGUCAUUUCAUUUUAUACAAAUCUAAUAUGGAUACAAUGGAUGCAUUAAACCAAAUAUCCGGUUCAUUGGGUCUGAAGUCCAACAUCUUUAGUUAUGCAGGAACUAAAGACAGAAGAGCCAUAACCACCCAGUGGAUUAGUGUAAAAAAAAUGAAUCCCCAAAAAAUCCUAAGGGCUGCAAAGAAUAUCAGAGGAGCAUUUGUUGGAAACUUUAAAUUCGAAAAAGAAUCUCUGAAGUUGGGAAAACUCUAUGGAAACAAAUUCACCAUUGCUCUUAGAAAUGUCACUGCAUCCAACGAUGUCAUUGAUAAAGGUAUGAUUUCAUUGCGAGAUAAGGGAUUCAUUAACUACUACGGCUUGCAACGAUUUGGAGCCAUUGCAGCCAUACCAACUUACGCAAUUGGAAGAGCUCUUUUGCAAGGUAACUGGGCAGAAGCAGUAGAUUUGAUUCUCAAGCCAAGGGAAGGUGAGCAAGACCUUCAACUCGCUGAAGCUCGAGAGGUAUACAGUAAGACAAAGGACGCUCGCCAAGCACAUGAUAAAAUUGGUCGCACUGAUAAGAUCGAAGCUAAGCUUCUACAGGGACUUAACAUUCGAGGACAAACUAACUUUCAUGGAGCACUGGACGAAAUUCCUAGGAACACACUAUUAAUGUACAUUCAUGCAUACCAAAGUAAGGUAUGGAACGAUAUUGUGACCCGUCGUAUCAAAGAAUUCGGACUGAAGCCCAUUGUUGGUGAUUUGGUGUACGCGAAUCCUGAGGCAAAAGAUGAAUUCGUUCUUGUUGAUACUGUUCACCAUGAGGUUGAAGAGAAUAAAAAUGAUGCCUCUGAAAGUAAAGCUACCAAGACUGUUGAAACUAAAGAAAAAAAGACUGAUGCACCUCUAGAGGAUUCUACCAAUGCAGGCAAAACGAAUACUGCAGAAAGGGAAAAAAUGGAUGAAAAAAUAGAGGACGACAAGAGCAGCGUGAAUAGUGACGACGAUCGACCACCACCUGAAGUCAAGAUAUUGACGGAACAAGACUUGUCAAACUAUACUGUGUUUGAUAUAGUAAUGCCGCAACCUGGAUGGAAAGUUGUUUAUCCGCCCUAUGCAAAAUCUUGGUUCGAUGAGCAACUUCAGAAGGAUUGUCUUACUCCCGAGUUGAAACAAAAGAACAAAAAAUAUUCACUCGGUGGAUCGUAUAGAAAAAUUCUGGAAGUACCAAAAUACUUGAGCUGGAAAAUUAUACGAUACAAAGAUCAAAGAGCUGAUUUGAUUCUAUCGGACAUGGAUGAGCUGAGGGAUAUGGAACCAAUCAAAGAUGAACCAGAGGGACAGUUCAAAGCAUUAAUUGUCGAAAUGUCUUUGAAAUCUUCAACUUACGCUACUAUGGCAUUGCGUGAAGUUUUAAAGUGCGACACGUCCUCGCAAACUCACGCAGCUCAGUCUGCUGCCUUCUAUAAAGCUCACGAGAAGCAGGAAGACAAGAACAAAGAACCUAACCAGCAAACCCAGCAGAGUACUGACACAUCUGAAGCUGAAAGUAUCCCUCACGUUGAGAAUCUCCAAUUGAAUGAUGGCAGUAGUGAUCAGCCAAACCAGCCCGAAGAUGAGACUAGCGACAAUAAAUCUAACUCUUCUACAAAGACUUUGCUUGUCGACUCUGAAGAAGAAGCGUGUCGUAUAUUAGAGUCCAACAAUACGGCCAUGAAAAAUUCAUGUGAAGACUCUAGUGGUGAAGAUGAGUUAGCAAAGUCCGUUUUGGUCGAGCCCAACCCAAUGGGAAAUUCUACAAUUGAUGAGAAGUCAGCUAAUACUUCUGUGUUGGCUGAACCUCAGAAACAUGAGACUGAUCCCACCAAUGAUUCUGGCAUUGACGCCAAUGUUUCAAUUCAAACAUAAUGUUCCAAAUUUUUUAUAUACUUAUAUUACAUUCUAAUUCUUUUUCUUGUCUUGUUUAAAAACUAUGAAGAUCAGCUUAUUUUAAACUUUAAACUUGAACUUUGUUAUGCAAUUAAGAUUAUCUUGAUAUUAAUUUCAAAGUCGUGUUAUGUUUCAUAAGUUUAUGAUAAAAAUAUAAUUUUUUUUUCUUAAUUUUAUAAAACGCAAAGUGUAUUAAUCGUUAAGUACAAGUAAAUAUAGUUUUUGAAUAAAUUACUAUUUUGGUAAA